AGUAAUUAAAUUACUAGCACGUCCGGUUUAACCACCUAUUAUAAUUUCUCUUAGACUAUCAACCAUUACCUUCUCUCCUUCCCGGUUAAAUUUCCCAUUUGCUUUAUUAUCCUGUACUGUCGGAUCGAGCAAUUCGAGCUGGAGACCCAGGAGACUCCGGCGCCGGGAAACGGCAAGAUCCGAUACCGAUCACCCUCGGCAGCUGAGCUUUUAGAGUCACAGCUCGACAACGAUAAUAAUUCACUCCAAAUGGACAAAUCAUCUUUAAAGAGGAAUAACAACAGACUUUUUUACACUGAAUCUUUUUACGAUAAGAUCCGGAGAUAUAAAGGUGUUAUACUUGUGAUCUGUGUUCCGUUGCUUCUAGUUUCUCUCGUGCUCUAUGCAAUGCCGACGACGAGGACCAGUUAUGAUUCGGUUGAAUCUCUUAACCGGAAGUUCUCGCCCAGUGUUGGAGGAGGAUCGUUGAGGUAUGCGGUUAUUUUUGAUGCUGGAAGUUCUGGGAGUAGAGUUCACGUCUUCUGUUUUGAUGACAAGUUGGAUCUCGUUCCCAUUGGCAACGAGCUCGAACUUUUCGCUCAGAAUAAACCAGGUUUGAGUGCAUUUGCUAGUGAUCCUGAGGCUGCUGCUGCUUCUCUUCUACCACUUCUAAAGGAUGCAGAGAAUGUAGUUCCACGCAAUUUGCGCAGUAAUACACCAGUGAGAGUUGGGGCCACUGCAGGUUUGAGGCAGUUGGAAGGUGAUGCAUCUGACAGGAUUCUUCAAGCGGUGAGGGAUUUUCUGAAGAGCAAAAGCAGCUUCAAUGCAAAAGCGGAUGCGGUCACUGUUCUUGAUGGAAAUCAGGAGGGUGCUUACCAGUGGGUAACCAUUAAUUAUUUAUUAGGCAAAUUGGGAAAGAAAUAUUCUGAUACAGUUGGAGUGGUUGAUCUUGGAGGUGGAUCUGUGCAGAUGGCGUAUGCCAUCUCAGAGUCAGAUGCCCAAAAGGCUCCAAAGGUAUCAGAUGGAGAGGAUACAUACGUCCAGCAAAUGUAUUUGAAGGGGACAAAAUACUACCUUUACGUCCACAGCUAUUUACACUAUGGCUUACUAGCAGCUCGAGCUGAGAUCUUGAAGGUGACCGGUGAAUCUGGAAAUCCUUGCAUCUUGGGAGGCUAUCAUGGGUCAUACAAAUAUGCAGGAGCAGAACACCCAGCAUCGGCUCUGCCUCAAGGUUCAAGCAUGAGUAGUUGUAGGGACGUAACAGUAAAGGCUCUGAAAAUUAAUGAACCAGCAUGUACUCACAUGAAAUGCACCUUUGGUGGCGUGUGGAAUGGUGGAGGCGGAGAUGGCCAGAAAAACAUGUUUGUUGCUUCAUUCUUCUUUGACAGAGCUGCUGAGGUUGGUAUUAUUAAUCCAAGUUUAGCUGUUGCAAAAGUUCACCCAGCUGACUACGAAAGUGCAGCUAAGCAUGCUUGUGGAACCGGACUAGAGCGUGCCAAAUCUGAAUUUCCUCAUGUACAGACCGACAACUUGCCAUACCUAUGCAUGGAUCUCGUUUAUCAGUACACUCUACUUGUAGAUGGCUUCGGACUUGACCCUCAGCAAGAAAUCACAUUGGUGAAAAAAGUCGAAUACAAGAAUUCCCUUGUUGAAGCCGCAUGGCCAUUAGGCAGUGCCAUUGAAGUUGCAUCAUACUGAGUUAGCUUAACUGGGAAAUCGACACGAUCCGUUCGUGCAAUUUUGGGUUUUAAUAGCUUAUGAUUUUCAACUAUAUAUUUUUGACCUGCAGCUAUGGAUAAGCCUAUUGAGCUUAAUGUUCUGGAACAGAAAGAUGCUACUUGGGUGCCAAAGUCCAAGCUGGUUGAUAAUUCUUUGUGUUUCCCUUUCAUUAAAGGGAAUUAACAAUAGUGAUAAAUCUGUUUGUAAUCAUGUAUUAUGAGAAUUAUGCACCAUAUAAGUGAGAUCAUUUUUUGGGUUCCCA